CGGGUCCUGCGGCCGGCGGGGGCGGGACGGCGCCGGGCGCUGCCCCGGGGAUUCGAGCCGGCUCGCGGGCGCUGCCAGUCUCGGGCGGCGGUGUCCGGCGCGCGGGCGGCCUGCUGGGCGUAGCGGAGCGCGGGCGAGGCGGAGAGUGACGGAGUCGGCGAGCCCCCGCGGCGACAGGUUCUCUACUUAAAAGACAAUGACUACUGAUGAAGGUGCCAAGAACAGUGGAGAAAGCCCCACAGCCACUGUUGCUGAGCAGGGAGAGGAUAUUACCUCCAAAAAAGACAGGGGAGUAUUAAAGAUUGUCAAAAGAGUGGGGAAUGGUGAGGAAACGCCGAUGAUUGGAGACAAAGUUUAUGUCCAUUACAAAGGAAAAUUGUCAAAUGGAAAGAAGUUUGAUUCCAGUCACGAUAGAAGUGAACCAUUUGUCUUUAGUCUUGGCAAAAGCCAAGUUAUCAAGGCAUGGGACAUUGGGGUGGCUACCAUGAAGAAAGGAGAGAUAUGCCAUUUACUGUGCAAACCAGAAUAUGCAUAUGGCUCAGCUGGCAGUCUCCCUAAAAUUCCCUCGAAUGCAACUCUCUUUUUUGAGAUUGAGCUCCUUGAUUUCAAAGGAGAGGACUUAUUUGAAGAUGGAGGCAUUAUCCGGAGAACCAAACGGAAAGGAGAGGGAUAUUCAAAUCCAAACGAAGGAGCAACAGUAGAAAUCCACCUGGAAGGCCGCUGUGGUGAAAGGAUGUUUGACUGCAGAGAUGUGGCAUUCACUGUGGGUGAAGGAGAAGACCACGACAUUCCAAUUGGAAUUGACAAAGCUCUGGAGAAAAUGCAGCGGGAAGAACAGUGUAUUUUAUAUCUUGGACCAAGAUAUGGUUUUGGAGAGGCAGGGAAGCCUAAAUUUGGCAUUGAACCUAAUGCUGAGCUUAUAUAUGAAGUUACACUUAAGAGCUUCGAAAAGGCCAAAGAAUCCUGGGAGAUGGAUACCAAAGAAAAAUUGGAGCAGGCUGCCAUUGUCAAAGAGAAGGGAACCGUAUACUUCAAGGGAGGCAAAUACAUGCAGGCGGUGAUUCAGUAUGGGAAGAUAGUAUCCUGGUUAGAGAUGGAAUAUGGUUUAUCAGAAAAGGAAUCAAAAGCUUCUGAAUCAUUUCUGCUUGCUGCCUUUCUGAACCUGGCCAUGUGCUACCUGAAGCUUAGAGAAUACACCAAAGCUGUCGAAUGCUGUGACAAGGCCCUUGGACUGGACAGUGCCAAUGAGAAAGGCUUGUAUAGGAGGGGUGAAGCCCAGCUGCUCAUGAACGAGUUUGAGUCAGCCAAGGGUGACUUUGAGAAAGUGCUGGAAGUAAACCCCCAGAAUAAGGCUGCAAGACUGCAGAUCUCCAUGUGCCAGAAAAAGGCCAAGGAGCACAACGAGCGGGACCGCAGGAUAUACGCCAACAUGUUCAAGAAGUUUGCAGAGCAGGAUGCCAAGGAAGAGGCCAAUAAAGCGAUGGGCAAGAAGACUUCAGAAGGGGUCACUAAUGAAAAAGGAACAGACAGUCCAGCAGCGGAAGAAGAGAAAGCUGAGGGCCACGUAUGACGCCACGCCAAGGAGGGAAGAGUCCCAAUGAACUCGGCCCCCUCCUCAAUGGGCUUUCCCCCAACUCAGGACUGAACAGUGUUUAAUGUAAAGUUUGUUAUAGUCUAUGUGAUUCUGGAAGCAAAUGGCAAAACCAGUAGCUUCCCAAAAACAGCCCCCCUGCUGCUGCCCAGAGGGUUCACUGAGGGGUGGCAUGGGACCACUCCAGGUGGAACAAACAGAAAUGACUGUGGUGUGGAGGGAGUGAGCCAGCAGCUUAAGUCCAGCUCAUUUCAGUUUCUAUCAACCUUCAGUAUCUAAUUCAGGGUCCCUUGAGAUCAUCCUAACAAUGUGGGGCUGUUAGGUUUUACCUUUGAACUUUAAUAGCACUGCAGAAACCUUUAAAAAAAUGCGUCAUGAAUUUAUUCUUUCCUACAGUUGGGUAGGGUAGGGGAAGGAGGAUGAGCUUGUUUUUUUUUAAAUGACUGAAGUGCUAUAAAUGUCAUCUGUUGCUUUUUUUUUUUUUUUUUUUUUUUUUUGAGACGGAGUCUCACUCUGCCACCCAGGCUGGAGUGCAGUGGCCGGAUCUCAGCUCACUGCAAGCUCCGCCUCCCGGGUUCACGCCAUUCUCCUGCCUCAGCCUCCCGAGUAGCUGGGACUACAGGCGCCCGCCACCUCGCCCGGCUAGUUUUUUGUAUUUUUUAGUAGAGACGGUUUCACCGUGUCAGCCAGGAUGGUCUCAAUCUCCUGACCUCGUGAUCCGCCCGUCUCGGCCUCCCAAAGUGCUGGGAUUACAGGCUUGAGCCACCGCGCCCGGCCCAUCUGUUGCAUUUUUAACCAACAGAACCCACAGUAGAGGGGUCUCAUGUCUCCCCAGUUCCACAGCAGUGUCACAGACGUGAAAGCCAGAACCUCAGAGGCCACUUGCUUGCUGACUUAGCCACCCCCCAAAGUCCCCUCCUCAGCCAGCCUCCUUGUGAGAGUGGGUUUCUCCUGCACGAAGCCUGUCCCUGGGGGAGUAAUUCUGUCAUUCCUAAAACACCUUCAGCAAUGAUAAUGAGCAGAUGAGAGUUUCUGGAUUACCUUUUCCUAUUUUCGAUGAAGUUCUGAGAUACUGAAAUAAGAAAAGAGCAGUCAGAAUUGUGCUUUUUCUCCCUCCUCUAUUCCUUUAGGAAAUCAUAUUCAAUACACAGUACUUCCUCCCAGCAUUGCUACUGUUCAGCUGCUUCUUUCAUUCUAAUCCUUGCUAUUAAGAAUUUAAGACUUGUUCUUACAAUAUUUUUGACCUGGAGUGGAUCUAUUUACAUAGCCAUUUAGGAUCCAUGCAGCUUUUUUUGUCUUUUUAAGAUUAUUGGCUCAUAAGCAUAUGUAUACUGGUUUAUGGAACUUUAUUUACACUCCUCUAUCAUGCAAAAAAAUUUUGACUUUUUAGUACUAAGCUUAAUUUUUAAAAAACAAAAUCUAUAGGGUUGACAAAUAAGUAGUUGCUCUUCUCUGGUAGGGGUUUCACCCUCAGGUUUGACACACAGUUGCUCGCUUUUCCUGCCCUGUCAAGCUUCUCUGUUCUGGCGUGAGUUGUGAAAGAGCUGCAGACAGCUUCCCAUGCCGGGACCCAGCCAGCAGCCUCAAUCUCCAGUACUUGAGCUGAGCAUUGAACUAGGGCAAGGCUUAAAAUAAAUGUGUACAUGUAGUUGAAUUUCAGUCCUUACGGGUAAACAGAUUGAGCAUGGCUCUCUAUUCCGUCAGCCUAAGAAAUACUCAUGGGAAUGCAUUUGGCAACCCAAGGAACCAUUUGCUUAAACCUGGAACAUCUCACUUUUUUAAAUCCUAAAAAACACUGGCAGUUAUAUUUUAAAUUAGUUUUUAUUUUUAUGGUGGUUUUAUCAAAAGACUUUUAUUAUUAGAUUAGGACCCCCUUAAAACCUAAAAAUCAAGUUAUUACCUUUUAUAAUACUUUUCUUCUCCACGGAAUGAAUGGAAUCAAUUUGUGAGUUUUUUCCUUUAAUGAUAACUAAAAUCCCUCUAAUUUCUCAUUUAUGCUUUUGUCUUUUUUAUGAAAUAUUUCUUUUAAAAGCCCCAGUCUCACCUACGAAAUAUGAAGAGCAAACGUUGAUUUUGCUUACUUGUUAAACUGUUUGGAGAGCUCUGUAGAGUAUGGUUCCAGUGAGGCCAAGAUUGAAAUUUGAUACUAAAAAGGCCACCUAGCUUUUUGCAGAUAACAAACAAGAAAGCUAUUCCAAGACUCAGAUGGUGCCAGCUGUCUCUCACGUGUGUAUUAUGCUUCACCAGGGGGAACUGGCAAGAGUGUGUGUGGGGAGGGAAAGGGAGUGUGAGUGGUUCUGGGCAAAUAACUACAGGGUGCCCAUUACCAUUCAAGAAGACACUUCACGUAUUCUGGUAUCAAAUUCAGUCAUCUUAAACAAUUUGUGUAGAAGUCCACAGGCAUCUUUCAACCUUUUAGGCUGCAUAUGGAUUGCCAAGUCAGCAUAUGAUGAAUUAAAGACUUUUUUUUUUUAAUCAUUUAGAUGCACUUUUUUGUGUGUUCUUUAAAUAAAUCCAAAAAAACAAAUGUGA